GAGAGUUAUGGGAUCUUAUCUACGUCCAGCUAUCUUUGAGUUCGCCCUAAUAUCUUACGCUCCCUGACACGAUAAUCGAGGCGCCGCAUCGGUCUCCGUUUUCCGGCGCCGGUAGAGCGGUGGCUCACCGGCGUCGCCUCUGUCUCCGACUCUGCUCUCUUUUCUUUAUUUCUUCAUCGUUCUCCAGUCAUCUUUUGUUUCAAGUUCCAAGCUUCUUCGCGUCAGCUUCAAUGGCUUCACCGCAGAGACGACGGCGAGGUGACGUGCUCACCUACCUCGCCUGCCUCCUCCUCACCGCUCAAUCUGUCCCUCAUUCUUCCACUCUGUUCGCCGCCACUCUCUUCGUCAUCCUCGCAUACUACGCCAUCGCCACUCCUCCUUCCCGCUCCCCCAUCGUCGGAUCUCUUCUCGUCGUCACCAUUGGACCUAAUCUCGUCGUCUUGGCCCCUCCUACAACUCUCACCGUCGUCGCUCCUCCAUCUAGAGUGAAUGAAAGAACAAAAUCUGUUCAACCUGAAGGUAAUUUUACCGGAUCUGUUAACCUCUUCACUCCCGCCUCACCUCCAAGCUUCGCACUGUCUCAGCCGCUUCUGAGUCGUCUCUGUUACUCGCCGGAAAGAGCCGCUCUCAGACGUACGCUUCACACCCGCUUCUCCUCCAGCAUCUUCUCCUCAACUCCGCCUCAACCUGUAACUCCCCUGUCUCGCCAUUCUUCCUCGCCGGGCCGUGUCACCACCAGUCACCACCUCUUUCCAACCCUCGCUUUCUGCCUCGGUCUUUUCGUUACUGAUACACUCAACAUCGAGGCAGCCCCUUCUCGGCAAGGUUUCUAUGGAGCAAAACUACAUCGUUUAAACCUUCUUCUCUUAGUGACCACCGGAUCUAUUGUGCAAGAGUGUUGUUUCGCUGGAUUUUUUCAUGACUAUUUCACCACAGCGUCCCUAUCACAUUAUGUCGUCUCAAGCAUCGACGGUUCUUCACAAAGCCGGAUUUGUGCCCGUCUCAAUCUCCUCGUCGCUGACCUUAUUGUGCAAGAGUGUGGACUCGCCAGAUUUACAAGCUAUAUCACCGUUGCGCUUCCAUCACAAUACGCCGUCUCAAGCAUCGAUGGUUCUUCACAGAGUCAACUACGCGACUUAUCCGAUUCUUACUCACACAUGCUCAACAGAAACGAGUUCAUUGACAGUUUGCUCAAGUUUCUUCCGGUUAUAAGUUGGCCUAGACACGGUAAUGUCAAGGUCCAAGCUUCUGACCCGAUCAAACCGUAUGCUUCGUCACCAAACUCCAUUGUCCUAAGCGCUUCGAUAGUGAAGCUAGAGUUGGAGAUUCACCUAGUCUCUUGGGUAAGUAUUGUGGAUGUUAGAGCUGUUCAUCUGCUUUUCAUUGAUAAAUCCAGGCUUUCAAGGCCUUUUGAUACUACUUCGGUUGAGAAGGACUCUCCCGUAGCCCCUUUCCAAACUCUCAUGUUUGGGUUUAUCAACGUCGAUUCCGACAAUCUCAAGCUUGUUUUUUCAAGCGUUUUAGGAAAACAAGUGAAGAAUCAUCUCUACGGGUUCCUUCUCUUUGAGCAAGUCUCUUCCUUUAACAUGUCUAUCUUAUGUCGUUUUGUACUGCCUUUGUUCAUCCUACCGUCGAGAUUAGCUGCUCCGGUUGUUAUCAUCUUAUCAGUUCUACUUGUACUCGUUUAGCCUUUUGGCUUUUAAUAUAAGUU